AUGGACACGCUAAGGAACCGGACGGUGGAGGAGCUCCAGGAGCUGCAGGAAAAUGCAGAGGAGAUUGAGCGCCUGGCCCUGGAGUCCCAGGAGGUUCAGGAGCUGCAGCUGGAAAGGGAGAUGGCCCUGGCUGCCAACCGGAGCUUGGCUGAGCAGAACCUGAAGUUCCAGGCGCCGCUGGAGACGGGGCGCACCGACCUCUCUAACAAAUACGAAGAGCUGCAGAAGCUGGCUGAGCGGUGUAAAGAGCAAAAGGCAAAACUGGAAAAAUUUUCGGCAGCGAUGCAUCCUCAGACCUUGCUGGAUCUCCUGCAGGUGGAAAGCCAGAAAAUUGAAGAGGAGUCUGAGAAAAUGGCCGAGAAGUUCCUGGAGGGCGAGGUUCCCCUGGAGACGUUUCUCGAGCAGUUUUCCGUGAUGAGGAAGUUGUCCCACUUGCGCCGGGUCAGAGUUGAAAAGCUGCAGGAGAUUCUGAGGAAGUCGGAAGCGUCGCAGGAGCCCAGCAAGGACUCUCAGCAGCAGCCACCUCCUCGCGUCCCUGGGCCCGCGGCCCCGCCGAAGCCACAGCCCUUCCCUCCAGGGGCUCCUUCCUUCCCAUUGCCCUACAGCCCAGCCACAAGCAUGCCCGUUGGCCCCACAGCCCAUGGAGCUCUCCCUCCUGCUCCUUUCUCUGGCUCCCCGGUCACCGUGGGACACGUUGCUUCCCCUCAGCCGAGCACUCAGCCCACGUUUCACUAUAAACCUCCUCCAGGUCCUGCAUACCCACCAGCGCAGGCUGCCGACUCGGCGCCGGGGUAUCCCAAACCCCCCUCGGGAGGUUCGACUCCAGCGCAGGGCUAUUCCUGGUCUCCAUCCAGGGCCCCGCCUCAGCCCCCACCGUUUCCUGGCUCUCAUCCCUCUCCUCCGCCACCCAGACCCGGGUACCCUCCCUACUUCCCCCCUGGGGCAGGGAGACCGCAGUGCCCCUACCCGACCCAGCCCCCUCUCCCUGGUUUCCCAAUCCCCCCGCCACCUCCCUAUCCUCCUGGAGCACCCCCACCCUUUGGGUACCCCCCUCCUCCAAAACCUCAGCACCCUGCUUGGCCCGGCUACUAA